AUGGCCACUUCGGCCACCGGAUCAAGUGGGAUUCCGCACGGGGACCUCGAAAGCUUUCAAGCCCAUCUGAACAAAUCCACUCGGAUUCUGGCACUUUUGGGUGCGGGCUUGUCUGCCAGUUCGGGACUGCCGACGUUUAGAGGAGCGGGGGGGUUGUGGAGAACGCACGAUGCAACUUCAUUGGCGACUCCCGAGGCGUUUGAGCGUGACCCAGGUCUCGUCUGGCAGUUCUAUAGUUAUCGUCGACAUAUGGCACUCAAGGCCAAGCCCAAUCCAGCACAUUAUGCACUAGCAGAGCUGGCAAGGAAGAAGAGUGAAUUUGUGGCACUCAGUCAGAAUGUCGAUGGCCUCUCACCUCGAGCACAUCAUCCAAGCGCACAACUCAAACUACUCCAUGGCUCCCUGUUCGACGUAAAGUGCUCAGAGUUCUUCUGCAACUACGUUGAACAGAACAACUACACGGAUCCCAUCGUCCCCGCCCUGGCCAUCCCCACCGAUGAAUCGGACCCAACGACCACCACAGCCGUCGCAGCCCGGGAACUGGACAUUUCGGAUGAAAAUGUCAAACUGCCUGAACUGGACCUGGCCCACCUCCCAAAAUGCCCCCAGUGCAAGCGUGGUCUGCUUCGACCCGGCGUUGUCUGGUUUGGCGAAGCGCUUCCUUCGAGCGUGUUGAGUGACAUUGACGCAUAUAUCAAGAAGGAAGAGCGGAUCGACUUGAUCAUGGUCAUUGGCACGAGUGCGCAGGUCUAUCCUGCGGCAGGUUAUGUGCAAUUGGCUUGUAUGCGUGGCGCAAGGGUGGCGACUGUCAAUAUGGAGGCAAGCGACAUUCCGGGUGGGCUGCGCGAUGGAGAUUGGUUCUUCCAGGGCGAUGCGGCGCAGAUAUUGCCAGAGAUACUGAAGAGUGUCAUUGGCGAGCUUGGUGUGGGGAAGUUGUCUGAUGCGGCUGAGGGUAGUUAG